GGAAAUAUUUCGGCGACAAAAUUUUGUGCAAGCUCAGAGGAGACAGAAGAUCAACUCUUUGUUUUCACUUAAGAUUUUUUUAAGUUUCCUUGGUUUUGAAAGUCUUUUUUAAAAGGAAGGACUUUGUUUGUUGUCACAGCUCUUGUAAACGUGCUGUAAAGUCUGUUUCGUGUUUGAAAUAAUACUCGUUUUCAGAAAUGUCGGACACAUGGUCUGACAUUCAAGAACACAAGAGAAGACAGGAGAGUCUCCGAGAAAGACUACAGAAAAGGAGAAGAGAACGUCAGGGCAUCAAUGCUGGGGAAGGAGAUGGAACAGCAACUCCGCCCCCUUCAUCACCUCAGCCUGCAGAAGAAGUUACCAGUACGACCAAGACAGAGGUUGUCAAGGUGGAUCCCAUGCUAGAAAAUCACCUUAUUGAAUGCCUGUGGGCCUCCACUUUCAUCUUACCAGUAGACUCCUUGCACAUUUUGAACCACUUGUUAACCAAGAUCAAAACAGACAUUCCUGCAACUAGAGAAGCUGUUGAAAACCUUCUACAAAAGUUUGCCAUUCAAGACUUUAUUAGCAUAAAGAAAGGUACUGCUAAAGAUGGGAACCCUUGUGUCAUCGUAACAGACAAAGACCAUUCAAAGCUUGAUGCAGUAGCACAGGAGCUUAACAAUGAUACAGAUGAGAAAUCAUCGUCCAGGAAAAGGAAAAGAGAAAGUGAAUCAUCUGAUACCUCAGCAAAAGGAGCAAUAUCCAGUAAAUCACUCAAGACUGAUUCUGAUGAUGAGUUACAGGCUCUUCUUUCAAUGCCAACCAUGAAAGAACAAGAGACAAAAAAGGUUGGAACAGAUAUCCUGGAUCUUUUGAACGUCCCAUCCCACCAGCAACAAUCAACUUUAGAGAAGUUCAAGUCUCAAGGUGGUGCUUUUGUGCAUGAGUUCUGUGAGAGUGGAACCCGUGCAGAUUGUCAAAAAAAUAAACCUGGCCAGAUUUGCAAAAAAGUUCACUUUAGAAAAAUCCUACAGAAACACACCGAUGAAUCUCUUGGCGAUUGUUCUUUCUUGAACACCUGUUUCCACAUGGAUACAUGCAAGUAUGUGCAUUAUGAAGUUGAUUACAAUGACAUGGAAAUGAAGAAAAAGGAAGAAAUGGAAAAGGAAAAGAAUAAAGUGGAGACAACAAGGACAUCCAAGAAAGAGCAAAACAAGAUUAUUUUAUAUCCACCACAGUAUAUACAGUGUGAUGUUAGGACACUAGAUACAUCAAUACUUGGCAAGUUUUCAGUCAUCAUGGCUGACCCACCAUGGGAUAUACACAUGGAGCUUCCAUAUGGUACCAUGGCAGAUGAUGAGAUGCGGCAGCUGAAUAUUCCUGCAUUACAGGAUAAUGGUUAUAUCUUCCUCUGGGUGACUGGCAGGGCCAUGGAACUUGGAAGGGAAUGCUUGGAGUUAUGGGGCUACGAGAGGUGUGAUGAGCUCAUUUGGGUCAAAACAAACCAACUGCAGCGACUCAUUAGGACAGGAAGAACAGGGCACUGGCUGAACCAUGGGAAAGAACACUGUCUGGUUGGAGUGAAGGGUGAUGUUUCUGGGUUCAACAGAGGAAUGGAUUGCGAUGUACUUGUAGCUGAGGUGCGCGAGACAAGUCACAAACCAGAUGAAAUAUAUGGUUUGAUCGAAAGGCUGGCACCAGGAACGAGGAAGCUUGAAAUUUUUGGUAGACAACAUAACAUCCAGCCCAACUGGAUCACCCUUGGUAACCAGUUAGAUGGAGUACAUCUUUUAGAACCUGACGUCGUUGCUCGAUUUAAGAAGAGAUAUCCUGAUGGCAACCCGUUGUCGACCAAGCCUAAACCAAGUUGAUACCCUGAGAUUUCAUCUCCUUUUAGAAAAUCCUUUUCCACUAAGUUUACAACAAGAGGAACGACAACCCGUUCUUGUCCAAGCCUAAACCAAGUCAAUACCCUGAGAUUUUUAUUUUCUUUUAAACUACCCUUUUCUUCUAAACUUACAGCUAAAGAUGCCUGGUGCAAAUUACAAAAAUGCGGCGGUACGAAGCGGUACAGCACUUACACGGUACGAUAUGCCGCAACAUUAAAUUGGCUUUCCAUUUUCUUGCAGUAGUUUAUCCAAUCACAACGCGUAGUUACGGUUACAAAGCGACGACAAAAUUUGUCGGAUCGUUUCCCACUGAUACCCCUCUAUCUCAUAACAAAGCAAAGUUUAGGUAGGGCUUUAUGCCUAAUAAAGACGUGCUGUCAUUAUAACUAA